GGGAAAUUCCAAAUUUUGAAACCGAAAGAUUUCUUUGAUCUUUUGAUAAAUUCAUUCAUAUUUUGAUUAAAAUGGGAAAGCUUAUAUGUGAUUCAACGACCUCGUCUCCCGUUAUCCCAUGGAAAGAUCCGACUGCAGCUCCAUCAUCUAUCGAUACCAUCGCUGCCGUCGAUUUAUCCGACGAGAUCCUCAACGCCGCCACCACCACCUGGGAUGACGUCUCAGGAUUAGAAGACCAGCAGAAAAGGCACCUACAGAGGCUCCACGCCAAGGGAGUCCUUUGGAAGCACCCAGGGAAUAAAAUCCCUAAUCAAUGUCAAAAUCAAAACCAAGAAGAUGAUACUUCCUUGCCUGCGGCGGUAGUUUUCAGGCUUAGCCACGGCGGAGAUGUCGAGGCAGAUGGAAAUUGUUUAUUCACGGCUUCGCAAAAGGCGAUGGGGCUGACGGAGAUUAACGCCAAAGAUCUGCGGAGACGGACGGUGCGGCGGUUCUUGGAAGAUCUUGGAUCUGAGAGCGGAAUGGAGCGAGCCAACAUUGAUGCGGCGAUAAAGCAUAUGUAUGCGCCAGAUCUAAGAUCUGGUUGGGGCAUACAUGUUGUUCAAGAGGUCAAAUUACUUGCGAAGAAGGUAGAUCGUGAAAGUUUAGAUGCAGCUAUCGAGGAACUCGUUAAUCUCGGUAUGCAGAGAGAAUUGGCUGCGGAAUCUAUUUAUAAAGAGAGAUGUAUUGCUGUUGACAAUGGUCAAAACUGGGCCAAGUAUAUGUCAAUAUCUGGGUCUCCAGAUGAUGAAUAUAACAUCAUCACUUUGCAAUAUACAGAGGAAGGUUUGUUAACUGUAGAUGAAAACAGAGAAGGCCAUGCUGCAGCUUUUGGAGAUGAUAUAGCAAUCGAAUGUCUUGCUACUGAGUUCAAAAGAGAAAUUUAUGUGGUGCAGGCACAUGGAUCAGAUGCUAUGGUUGAUGAAGAUAAUUGUGUGUUUUUCCUUCCACAUCGUCCAAGGAGUGAAAUCUGUGGACCACCUUUCUUUCUAUUCAUGAAAGGAACAGGUUGGUGUGGAGCUGGGGGCGAUCACUAUGAGCCUCUUAUUGCUCACUCUUCCUCGGUGGUAUCCCAGGAGAAAGUUGCUUUGGUUCUUUGAAUUGGGCGUUGCAGUUUUGGGCGUAGAGAGAGAGAUCUGAGUUAGAAAUAGGAAGCAUUCUUUUCUGAAAUUUUUGCUGUGGAUGAAGGAAGACAUGGAUUAUUUGUUUCUGGUAGAAAAUUAUAAAAUUUUGGUAAGUGUAGUCGGCUUUUUUGUCGGUGUUGUUGUUGUUGAGUCAUGCAUUCGAGGGAGGAAGGGGUAUAGAAUUGUGGUCGAGAGAGUUGGUAGCAUUAUUGGAAUGGUGCCAGUUUGUUGUAACUGCCAGAUUUUACUAUUUAAUGGCAAAAUGGGUUUGGAAUUCAUUUGC